AUGAACCAUUUGUAAACUCCUCAGACUGCUGAACAAAAGGAGGCUCUUCAUAAUCUUGGUUUGAAGCCAUACGAGCCACACACUUAUCCUAACUUUGCUGAUCCAGAUAAGACUGAGUAUCACUUGACUAGUGCUGCUAUUCUAGGUCUUUCCUUCCUAGGAAGAUGGUAUGCUCCCAAGAUCAACGUAACCAGACUGCCAUUCACAAUUUCAAUCCUCAUGGUUCCAGCAUUCUACUUCCUCUCAAUCCAUCAAAAGGAAAAGAGAUUUGUCUACACUUCAGCUGAAAGAAGAUCUUUUGAAUAAAAUUUGGAGUUCUAUCCUGUCACCAGAAGAGCCUUUAAUAGAGCUAUUGCACUUAGAAACCAAGAAGUCUCCGAACUAAAAAGCAAGACUGCUACUGGUGCUGAAUGA